AUGUCUGGCCCCGUUCCGUCGACGCUGGUGCUGUUGAGCGACCUCCCGCAAUGCGCUCCCGGCAGCAAAGUCCGCUUUCUGGGCUGUGUCGACGAGUACCUUGUGAAGACGGCAACCCUUCGCCUCACACACAACCAUCCCGUCUCGGCCUCGCCCGUUGUUGCGAACCUCGACAUUGAGCACGUGCUGGAGCGUGCAAAGCAGAGGGACGUGGAUGUGGGAACCUGGCUCAACGUCAUCGGCUACGUGCAGCAGAGAAAGGAGAAGGGUGUGUUUGUGCAAGCUGUUGCUAUGUGGGAUGCUGGGAACAUUGAUUUAGAGGUUUAUGCAAAGGCCCUUCAGGCGCGCAAGAGUGCGUCAUGA